UCCAUGGGCAAUAUUUGAAUAUUAUGUGUGCAAAAUAAUAUAUUUAUCGCACAGGGGGUGGGUAAAGUUUAUGCCGAAUAGAAUAAUGAAAAUCUGUUUUAAAAAAGUGAUAUGAUCAGACUCGUGCUGUGAAGGUUUUAUGCUGUGAAGGUUUUAUACUGUUCGCCAGGGUCAAGUUCAGAUGGUAGUAGUUCAUUAAUGUGCUGGAGCAAGAAGCUCAAAGUACGACAAGGAACAGGACGUUUCUGAAAACAUCCGGUUCACUAGGAGUCCAUGCUUUUCUCUCAGAGUCUGUGGAAGCAGGUGCUGCUUUCCCCAAAGUACCGUUUUCUCUGGAGGUUGGAGGCAGUGAGAAGUCAACACAGAAUGACCUCAUCACAUCCUGUGGCAGCUGUGUGUCAGAUGACGGCCACCCCUGACAAGGAGGCAAACUUCACUACAUGCAAGCGUUUGAUCGAGCAGGCCAAGGAUGGUGGCGCGAGCAUGAUCUUCCUCCCUGAGGGUUUUGAUUACCUCGGCUCCAGUCGAGAGGAGACGCUGCAGCUGUCUGAAAGCCUGCAGGGUGACAUCAUCACCAGAUAUUCUCAGUUAGCCAGGAAGCUGAAAGUGUGGCUGUCUCUGGGAGGUUUCCAUGAAAGAGGGCACGACUGGGAGAACGACAGACGCAUCUACAACAGCCAUGUCAUCAUUAACAGCCAAGGUGAAAUUGUGUCUGUGUACAGAAAAGGUCACCUGUUUGAUGUAGAGUUGACAGGUAAAGGCGUGUCACUAAAAGAGAGCGCCUUCACCAUUCCCGGCGCGAGAUUAGUGCCACCUGUUCAGACCCCCAUCGGAAAGGUGGGACUGGGGAUCUGCUAUGACCUGCGCUUCCCCGAGAUGUCCUCGGCUCUUCAGAGGCACGGGGCCGAGAUCCUCACUUACCCAUCAGCAUUUACCGUGGCAACAGGCACCGCCCACUGGGAGGUUCUCCUGCGGGCCAGAGCCAUUGAGACUCAGUGUUACGUCCUGGCCGCUGCUCAGGUUGGAGCUCAUCAUGCAAAGCGCUCAUCGUAUGGCCACACCCUGGCAGUGGACCCUUGGGGCGUGGUCAUGGCGGACUGUGGGGGGACGGAUGUGCGUGUGGCUAUGGUGGAGAUUGACAUGCAUAGACUACAGGACACUAGAAGGGACAUGCCAGUGCAGCAGCACAGGAGGGAGAAAGAGUUCUACUCUGGUCUGGACUGAGCAGAGCCUCCAAAAUAUAAUGCCAACAGAAAAAUUGUGUUGUUUUAUAUGACAGUUUUGUAGAAGAUCCAACACUAUAUAAAUGAUAAUAAAUUAUCACAGUAAGAAAUGA